AUGCUGGUACUCUCGACUCUCAAGAUCACAUCGAGACCUAUCUCUGGCGCUCCCCUCUCGCCAAGAUACAAUUCGACGCAAGCUAGCAACGGGUCUCAGGCUUCCUAUGGUUCAGCAACUCGCUCCACCGUUCCUCCUCGUUCCACACAUGCAACCUACCACCCCGGAGGAUACGGCAUCUCUGAAGGCCUCAAGCGGGCACGAAAGCCGUACCGCGUGCGAAACAUCCUCACUGGCUCGUUGAUCAUGGGGUUCGCCACCAGCGUCUACUUUUACUCGAUUUCUAAGGUCAAGCAAGACGACUUCUCGGACUUGGCUGAAAUUAGGGCACCCUCUGCAAGCGAGUCGACGCCUGUCACAACCGAGUCCGACCACAAGCACAAGGUAUAA